GAAUUACUUCAAAACUCGGGGUAUUUCAUGAAAUAUCCGUUGUUAAUCGGAAGGAAUCGCCAUUUUAAAACUUGGGGUAUUUCAUGAAAUAUCAGUUGUUAAUCGGAAGGAAUCUGAUUCCUCUCAACCAGCAUUAAACAAAACACCAGUAUUCUGUAUCGCCAUUUCUAGUCGCCGGCGUCCCUGACAUUCUGGGUUCCAAUGUCGGACCAACUCUCCUCCCCUGACGCUGUUAAUCGCAGUGUUGACGACAGUGAUUCUGCCCCUCUUUCGGCUGAAGAAGUUGAGAGGAAGAAGAAGAAAGAAGAGAAGGCUAAAGAAAAAGAAUUGAAGAAACAGAAAGCUGCGAUCAAAGCAAAAGCUGCCGAACUUCAGAAACAACAAGCAAACAACACCGCGUCUCAAAAAACUCAGAAAAAUGAAAGAAAGAUUAAGAAUGAAAAAGAGGAGGAUCUCGUGAACUUUUUAGACCCUGAGACCUCAAUAGGCGAGAAAAAGAAACUUUCGGAUUUGAUGGCAAAACAGUAUUCUCCUACCGCAGUGGAGAAAUCAUGGUAUGCUUGGUGGGAAAACUCUGGAUUUUUUGUGGCAGAGCCUAGUAGCUCUAAACCACAUUUUACAAUUGUUCUUCCACCGCCAAACGUUACGGGGGCGCUUCAUAUUGGUCAUGCUCUUACUGGUGCAAUUGAGGACACAAUGAUUCGCUGGCGGAGAAUGUCUGGUUACAAUACAUUGUGGGUUCCUGGAAUGGAUCAUGCCGGGAUAGCAACACAGGUGGUUGUCGAAAAAAAAAUUAUGCGUGAAAGAAAACUGACCAGGCAUGAUCUUGGCCGAGAAAACUUCAUCUCAGAAGUUUGGAAUUGGAAAAAUGAGUAUGGUGGAAAAAUCUUGAAGCAGCAGCGUCGACUUGGUGCAUCCAUGGAUUGGUCCAGAGAGUGUUUCACAAUGGACGAGAAACGAUCAAAGGCAGUAACAGAAGCAUUUGUGAGGCUGUACAAUGAGGGCCUUAUUUAUAGGGAUCUUCGACUGGUAAACUGGGAUUGUGUGUUAAGAACUGCAAUAUCUGAUAUCGAGGUGGACUAUGUUGAUCUGAAAGGAAGGGAAGUUAGAAAAGUUCCUGGAUAUGAAGAUCCAGUGGAGUUUGGUGUCUUGACAUCAUUUGCGUAUCCAUUAGAAGAUAAUCUUGGUGAGAUUGUUGUUGCCACUACUAGAGUAGAAACAAUGUUGGGUGAUACAGCAAUCGCUGUACAUCCAGAUGAUACCAGGUACAAGCAUUUGCAUGGAAAAUUAGCCAUGCAUCCUUUUAAUGGAAGAAGGAUCCCAAUUGUUUGUGAUGCAAUACUUGUUGAUCCAAAAUUCGGGACUGGUGCUGUCAAGAUUACGCCUGCCCAUGAUCCUAAUGAUUUUGAAGUUGGCAAGCGUCACCAGCUGGAGUUUAUCAACAUCUUCACAGAUGAUGGAAACAUAAACAGCAAUGGAGGCCCGGAAUUUGCAGGAAUGCCAAGAUUCAAAGCUCGUGUAGCAGUAACUAAAGCGUUGGAAGAGAAGGGAAUAUAUAGAGGUGCUAAGGACAAUGAGAUGCGUCUUGGCAUUUGUUCAAGAAGUAAUGAUGUUGUGGAACCAUUGAUAAAACCACAGUGGUAUGUCAACUGCAACACUAUGGCCAAGGAUGCUCUUGAUGCUGUUAUGGAUAAUGACAACAGGAAGAUUGAGAUUAUCCCAAAAGAAUAUGAAGCUCAGUGGGUAAGAUGGCUUGAAAAUAUUCGUGACUGGUGUAUCUCAAGGCAGCUUUGGUGGGGCCACCGCAUACCUGCUUGGUAUGUCACUUUGGAGAAAGAUCAACUCAAGGAACUGGGUGCUUAUAAUGACCACUGGGUAGUCUGUCGAAGUGAAGAAGAGGCACUUGCUGAGGCUACCAGAAGAUAUUCUGGUCAGAAGUUUCAGAUUAAUCAAGAUCCUGAUGUCUUGGAUACCUGGUUUUCCUCUGGUCUCUUUCCGUUGUCUGUUUUGGGCUGGCCAGAUGAGACUGAUGAUUUGAAGAUCUUCUAUCCAACUUCAGUUCUUGAAACUGGACAUGACAUCCUUUUUUUCUGGGUUGCCCGGAUGGUGAUGUUGGGGAUGAAACUGGGAGGUGAUGUGCCGUUUAGAAAGGUUUAUCUUCAUCCUAUGGUCCGUGAUGCACAUGGGCGUAAGAUGUCAAAAUCAUUAGGGAAUGUUGUUGACCCUCUUGAGGUUAUAAAUGGGAUAUCAUUAGAGGAUCUUCAGAAGAGGCUGGAGGAAGGAAACUUGGAUCCCAGUGAGCUUUCCAGAGCCAAAGAUGUACAGAAGAGAGACUUCCCUAAUGGCAUUCCAGAAUGUGGUGCCGAUGCUCUCCGUUUUGCUCUUGUUUCAUAUACUGCUCAGUCAGAUAAAAUAAACUUGGAUAUUCAACGGGUUGUUGGGUACCGUCAAUGGUGCAAUAAACUGUGGAACGCUAUCAGGUUCGCUAUGAGCAAACUUGGAGAUGAUUACUCUCCUCCAACCAGUGUAAAUCCCAGCGUCAUGCCAUUCAGUUGCCAGUGGAUACUCUCUGUCCUGAACAAGGCUGUUGCUAAAACUGUCUCAUCACUUGAGGCAUCUGAGUUCUCUGAUGCUGCUACUACAGUGUACUCGUGGUGGCAAUUCCAACUAUGUGAUGUUUUUAUAGAAGUGAUAAAACCCUAUUUUUCCAGUGAUGAGUCGUUUGUUUCUGCAAGAGGUUUUGCUCGCGAUGCAUUAUGGGUAUGCCUUGAUAGUGGGCUUCGAUUACUACAUCCAUUUAUGCCAUUUGUGACAGAAGAGUUAUGGCAGAGACUUCCUCAACCGAGAGAUUCUUUAAGAAAAGAAUCUAUUGUGAUAAGCGAGUAUCCGUCUGUUAUACUGUCCUGGACCAAUGAAAAUGUCGAGCGGGACAUGGAGCUGAUCGAGUCUGCUGUAAAAUCUCUCAGGAAUCUUAAGUCAUUAUUGCCGGCUAAAGAAAGAAAUGAAAGGAAACAAGCUUUUGCAGUUUGCCUGAAUGAAGAAGUUGCAGACAAUGUCCGGAGUCAUGAGUUAGAAAUUUUAACUCUUGCAGCGUUGUCGUCUUUAAAGAUUGUGAAUGAGAAUGAAGCUGCUCUUUCCAGAUGUUCCCGAGAUGUUGUGAACGCACAUCUCAGUGUUUUUCUCGAGCUUAAAGGAACAAUUAAUGUAGAAGGAGAGCGUGAGAAGCUGAGGAAGAAGAUGGAGGAAACAAAGAGGCAAAAAGAGACUCUAGAAAAGAUGAUGAAUGCUUCUGGAUACAAAGAGAAGGUUCGGCCUCAAAUCCACGAAGAAAAUAUUGGAAAGUUAACCAAACUGGUGCAAGAGUUGCUUGCACUCGAUAAGGCAAGCCAAAACAUUUGAUCAUUGUUUGAGACUAACAAAGCAAUGUAAUGAGGAUUAAAGAAUUUUGCUAGUGUACAGAGUGUGCCAUAACAAUGUGAUUGCGAGGUGCAGUUUUUGGUAAUCGACAUUAGGUAGAAAGUUGAAGUAGCAAAUGCAAAUGACAAAAGCAUUUUACACUUUUAUAUUGAGAAAGUAUCCACAAUUAUUCUAAUACUCAUCUCUUUCUGCUACAAAAAAGUUACGGUAAAAAACUCUGUCACCUUCAAUUAAAAAAAUAUACUCUC